AUGGAAGUAGACGAUGUUGGGCCACUUGCAUCAGCCAAUGAGAAUAAGAAGCGUUUUGAAAUAAAAAAGUGGUAUGCGGUUGCACUAUGGGCCUGGGAUAUUGUAGUUGAUAACUGUGCAAUCUGCCGUAACCACAUAAUGGAUUUAUGUAUUGAAUGUCAGGCUAAUCAUGCUUCAGCUACAAGUGAAGAGUGUACCGUGGCUUGGGGAGUUUGUAAUAUGGCUAAAAACACGACAAGUUUGCCCCUUGGAUAA